GAUCAACAAAACAGAAUUUAUGGGCUUUCAGUGUGUUGUAGUAGUAGCAUUAGCAGUAGUCUUGCCACUAGUUCGUGUUGGGCAAGAAAGUUUUGAGUUGAUUCAAGUCUGAAAUUUUUUAAUUUUUAUGUGUCUGUCAAACUCAGGCUCAUGUUCUUCUUUCACGAGCCCUCUCUCUUGUGCUGGCACAAGCGCGCACGAUGUCGCGGGCAGCGGCGGGAGCGAUUGUCCUUAUGGCUGAUCGAUUCUUAUAACAUACUAGGCGUUUCCCGUGUGUUUAGCGGUCCGAGAGGAGAGAAAGGUGAACGAGGGAGAGGGAGCUGCUAGGGGCAGGCUUGGGCAGAGUCCAGCCUCCGGCUCACCGUACCGCGGUUGGUCCACCCCAGGCGCGCGAUCCGAUUCGGGCCCCUUUGUGGUCCUGACGUUAGCCUGCCCAAACGCGGCUGGCGGCCGCGUUAGAGCCCGCCAACGGCUGCGUGACUCGGUGAAACAGGGUCUCACGCCGAAACUGUGACCCGCGAAACUGUGAGGCUCUCAACCCUGACACUGCGCCACUCUGAGACGGGAAGCCCUGACAUCCGCCAACCCUGAGGCGCGAAACCCUGACACGCCGAAACCCGGACCCGCGAAACCCUGACAUCCCGAAACUCUGACCCGCGAACCUCUGAGGCGCUAAACCCUGACACUGCGCAACUCUGAGGCGGGAAACCCUGAGACGGCAAAACCCUGGGGCGCAAAACUCUGAGGCGCUAAACCCUGACCUGGCGCAACUCUGAGGCGGGGAACUCUGAGGCGCAAAACCCUGCCCCGGCGCAACUCUGAGGCGGGAACCCCUGACAUGCCGAAACUCUGAGGCGCGAAACUCUGAGGCGCUAAGCCCUGACAUUGCGCAACUCUGAGGCGGGAAACCCUGACCCGCUGAAACUCUGACCUUCGAAACUCUGAGGCGCUAAACCCUGACCUGGCGCAACUCUGAGGCGGGGAGCCCUGACAUGCCGAAACUCCGAGGCGUGAAACUCUGAGGCGCUAAGCCCUGACAUUGCGCAACUCUGAGGCGGGAAGCCCUGACACCCGGAAACUCUGAGGCGCGAAACUCUGAGGCGCUAAACCCUGACACUACGCAACUCUGAGGCGGGAAACUCUGAGACGGCAAAACUCUGACCCGCGAAACACUGAGGCGCUAAACCCUGACCCGGCGGAACUCUGAGGCGGGGAACCCUGAGGCGCAAAGUCCUGCCCUGGCGCAACUCUGAGGCGGGAAGCCCUGACAUGCCGAAACUCUGAGGCGGCCGGGAAACCCUGGCUGGCGCAACUCUGAGGCGGGAAACCCUGACCCGCGAAACCCUGAGGCGCUAAGCCCUGACCUGGCGCAACUCUGAGGCGGGAAGCCCUGACAUGCCGAAACUCUGAGGGGUGAAACUCUGAGGCGCUAAACCCUGACACUGCGCAACUUUGAGGCGGAAAGCCCUGACAGACAUGCCGAAACUCUGAGGCGCAAAACUCUGAGGCGCUAAACCCUGACAUGGCGCAACUCUGAGGCGGGAAGCCCUGACAUGCCGAAACUCUGGGGCGCGAAACUCUGAGGCGCUAAACCCUGACAUUGCGCAGCUCUGGAUGGGAAGCCCUGACAUUCCGAAACUCUGGGGCGCUAAGUCCUGACAUUGCGCAACUCUGAGGCGGGAAACCCUGGCUGGCGCAACUCUGAGGCGGGAAACCCUGAGACGCGAAAACCCUGACCCGCGAAACUCUGAGGCGCUAAACCCUGACCUGGCGCAACUCUGAGGCGGGAAGCCCUGACCUGCUGAAACUCUGAGGCGCGAAACUCUGAGGCGCUAAACCCUGACCAGGCGCAACUUUGAGGCGGAAAGCCCUGACAUGCCGAAACUCUGAGGCGCAAAACUCUGAGGCGCUAAACCCUGACCUGGCGCAACUCUGAGGCGGGAAGCCCUGACAUGCCGAAACUCCGAGGCGCGCAACUCUGAGGCGCGAAGCCCUGACACUGCGCAACUCUGAGGCGGGAAGCCCCGACAUCCUGAAACCCUGACCUUCGAAACUCUGAGGCGCUAAGCCUUGACCUGGCGCAACUCUGAGGCGGGAAGCCCUGACAUGCCGAAACUCUGAGGCGCUAAACCCUGACACUGCGCAACUCUGAGGCGGGAAGCCCUGACAUGCCGAAACUCUGAGGCGCGAAGCCCUGACAUGGCGCAACUCUGAGGCGGGAAACCCUGACAUCCGCCAACAUUGAGACGCAACACCCUGCCGCCGUUUGUGCCUGCAAAACCCUGAGAACUGGAUCCUGACUUUUGUGCCCCUUUUUGCAAACCUUGAGAUGCCAAACCCUGACCCGACCGCGAUUUAGCCCGCCCUGGGAACCCUGGGAUUCCCUGGCUUUCCCCUUAAAGCUCUGAGAGUCCUGGCCCGUUUUUUUGUGCCCCUUGUGGUUCUCCUUGGUUGCCCUUAAAACCCUGACGUCCGACCUCGAUUUUUGCCGAUCAUUAUUAAAGAUAGAAUAAUUUAGGCCUAGUCACAAUCGGCCUGAGUUGGGCGUUCACGUGGACGAGAACGCCAUGAGUCAUCAAACUGGGUAAGCGCUAUUAUGGGCUAUCAUCAAUUGACUUUGACGAUAAAUCUUGGUAUAAUUUGAGAAUUUUGGAUUCUCGUACUGGUACUCGUACUAUAUAGUUGAAUAUGCAUAAUUACUAUACUAAGUAAUUGGAUCGACGUAGAAUUUGGAGAUGAUCGCGAAGUAGAUCGACGCGGAAGCAGUACUAGCUAGUUGUAUCUAGUGAGAUCACAAGAUGAAGAACGCAAGCAGCUUCAAACCUUCUUGGGAUCGAUGAAGUGAGUUCUGCGCUGACUUGUCGGUCCUGAUGUUUCUUUUCGCUCGCGGAGAAAAAAUGGUGGCCGAUAUGUAGAAUGCAUGCAAAGAGCUAAGGUAUAAACUGGCUAAGUAAACAACUCGAAGAGCAGUCAUCGAGGCGCUCCAGCAACAGGCAAAAGGCUACAACUCCGAGACUUUAGCUUUUGGUGGUGUGGUUGGUGGACGUCCUCGUUGGAUAAAGGCGAAUGA